AUGAAUGGGGCUUGCCAAAUUAAGAAUGUUCCGGAGUGCAACGACGCCGUGAUCGAAGCAUGCGGGGAACAGUUCGUGGCCUUUGCCCACGGUCCACGAGUCGCAGAAACGCUCAGCGAACUCGAAGAGAGUUGCAAGCGGGAGCUGAAGGGCCUCGCGUGCGCCCGGAACUACGCCGAGCGCUGCCUGGUGGUGGGCUUCUUCCGUGGCGCCGCAUUCACGGCCCUCACCACGCUCAAGGAGGAAAUGGACAGGAAGUGUGACUCCUCGCACCCGAACCACAAGCGUUACCUAGAGAACGCGCACUGCCUAAACAAAGCUGGUGAGCGCAUUCACAAGUGCGUGGAGCUCUUCAAGGAGGAGCUGUACACGGUCGCCCUAAAGGCUGCCACCAGCAAGAGGAUUCCUUACGGAUGCUGUGCCUACAACGGCCUGUUCCGCUGCAAGCAAGAGAGCCUCGAGCAAGCCUGCGGAGACCCCAAGACAAUCCAGCUUGUUCACGAGACCGCCGAGCACGUCCUCGGUGACCUGGUCAAAGUCUUCUGCGGCCGUUACGAGAGCGGCUCGUCCGACUGCAAGUCCCUGGGAAAGCUCCCGGCCCUCGCCGCGAACGAGACCGCGCCUCGGAGCUUCAUCCUCUUGCUCAAGGCCUUCGUGACCACGCUGCCGUAA